AUGGAUGCUUACUACCUGGAGGAAAAAUACAGGUGUAUUUUCUUCCCAACCAACAUGUUAGGGCCAGCACGGUUAUGGUACCAAAGUUUACCGGUAGAAAGCAUACAUUAUUUCAACUAUUUAAGAGAAGAGUUUAUCGGUCAUUUCGUACAACAAAGAAGAUACACGACGGAUGCCCAUGCCAUCUUAGGAUGCAAACAACGUGAAGACGAGACGUUACAUGCUAUUGUGCAUCAUUUUAACACAUCUAGUAUUAAUUCCCCGGAAAGUGUAGCCAACAUGGUUAUAGUUGUGUUCACUUAUGGAUUACAUCCAGGAGUCCUAUUCAAAAAACAGGUUGGUAAACCACCCAAGUCAAGGAAGGAUAUGAUGGAAAGGGUUCACCACUACAUGAAACAGAAGAAGAAAACUAGGGAGAGAGAGCCUACGUUCAAAAAGAUUACUGCACACCUUAUGUGA